AUGGAGCAGCAGAUCAUGACCAAUGACGACCCAUUGGUAUACAAUAUGAGCCUAAAGGAGGACGUUGCGACAGCAAUCGAAGACUUGGUCCUGUAUUCAAGGCUUGGGCUUGCGCACGACGCGCUUGAGGUGAUCCGAGAAGUGCUUUGGCGCCACAUACUCUUCUUUCCUGCAUUCGCAGAAAUAGUCCUCUUUCUUGUUGAGACAGACAACAUGCACCAGCUAGCAGAUAUCCUAACGUUAUUGCGGAAACAAGACUACGUUGGAACCUUUGAUGAGGACGAGAUAGAAUUCGUCCAUGUCUUGCACAAACUCCUGCCACCUAAAGGGAACUUUGUAGAUUCGUUGAAGAAUUUACCUCUUGUACGACAGUCGACCAUAUCCUUGGGGCCAAGCUCUUCUCCUUCUUCAACGCGGUCCGAAGUCCAGGUACAGAUUCAGCAGCUUAAGUUCUUUAUCCACUCGUUCGGUAGCAUACAAUCUUUCACGACGUUGCAGCCUGACGCGGACAAAGCGUUUGAGACAUUGGCCAGAGAGAACGCUCCAUGGGAAGCGACUAACAUAUUUCGAAUUAUGUGUUCAAAAGCACAGGCCUCCCCUAAUACAUUGUCUACCGUGUUUCCGCUGCUUGACGACAUGUAUCAGCGUUUGAUGCGAAUGAUUGACGAAAAAAGCCUGCCGACGGAAUCAAUAUUCGAGCUGGAAAAGCACUCAUUGGGACUUCUUUGCUCGCUCGCAGCCAAGGUGUGUAUCUUACCUGUGUUGGCAACCUUGAUUAAGACGGGGGAUUUAAUUAGGAGAUUGGAUCCGGUUGAGUUGUUCAUCAGAGGGAGACAGAUAUUCGAACUGCUUCUGCAACUUCUACCUGAUCCAAAGCCUCGUGGCGAGUACCACGAAUUCUUCGAAUCAUUCCCUGGUCCGGAUCCUAACCAAGAUGUCUCGCAGGCUCAGGACGACCCGCUGGGCAAGUUGUCUCUUUCGUCGCCUCUCCUAGCGGAGCUCGCAAGCUACGGUUGCGAUCAGUAUGAGAGCAUUGCCACAUUCCUCAUCAACAAUCCAGCAGUCUGGAAUGAGGACCAAGACCAGCUGCAGCGCUUGAUCUUCGAAUAUGUGCGUCGAGACAAGUCCGAUCCAGUUAAGCGGCUUGCACACCGUCUGGCCGUGUUUACCUUGAGUCGGAAAAAGAACUUGGCGACCGCUUCUGAACGGCAGGAAUGGUUGACUAGGCUAAAUACAAGCAAACGACUUCGAGGCGAGCUCGAAGGAGCUGCUGAACGUAUUUUACAGCAACUGAUUCAGAAAGCUGGGACAGGAGAGGUGACACAGCAGGAUCGAGAAAGCGGCCCCGUUAGAACAGCUGACGAGUCUCAGAUCCCAACGCGCGACAACACAGGAUACACACGACUACAGCGACGUCUUCCAACGAACAAUGCUACACACAACACAAGCCUGACUUUUCAGCAGAGCGUUCCAAAUAGACCAGCUCGAACUUCUCUGGUCUCGCCUUUGCCCGGCAGUCUCAUUACGGAAGCGGCCUUGGUUACCACGUCUCCACCGAUGGAGCGCAAAGACAGUUUCCGAACUUUACUGUCAGACAUCGAUUCCAGCUAUGAAUACAAGAGCGCAACUCACGGGGCAAAUGUCCCUCUCCUCCUGCAUCUGAAUACUGAGAACUUUCCGAGCCCCAGUGCUGUGUAUGGCACCUCAUCAAAUGCUCUACAUCCGCCGGCUGCUGCAGAAUCAAGCCACGGCUUACCUAUCGUAAGAAGUAAGCCCGUGAACAUACCACCUCAGUCAGCAACAUCGUGCGAAGAGCCUCGAGGGUCGGGUCCUUAUGGUACCAGCUCCUCCUCAUUGCGGGCACCACAGGCGCAUGACACCUAUUCCGGAAGCGGCACUCCGUCAUCGUCCAUUCCAAACCACUCGUUUGAGGUUGCGGGGUCCAUUGAGAGUAGUCCCAGUGGUUCGUUGUCGAAGGUUACCCUCAGCGGGUCCCACAGGACGACCUCGACGAGCAGAGACCAGCGAAGCAACGGUGCUGUCUUUACGACGUUACACGGGGGAUCUAAGUCUUUCGCAAGCAUACAGCAGAACAACUUUGGAGCUCGUGCUCAGUACUUGGGCCAAAACCCUGAUCUGGUCCGUGCCAAGUUGGACGAAUUCUACAAGGAAGCCGUUCAGCAGAUUCGUGCCGGAAACCAUGCUGCUGCUGCACAAUGUAUGCAGAGCUUAGUCAUUCUCAGACUCUGUGAGCGCAUUCAGCCCGAUUCUUUAGAGCCAUAUGUACUUCGAAUGACAAAAGAGGGUACGCAAGAGAAUGGCAGAUACAGGGACACGUACGACAACAUAUGCAAAGCAGCGGAGAAGCAAGCUCGAGAGAAAGACAAGAAAGGCAGUCAACACGAAGGACGCCAGGCAGCUAGUAAUACAGGGUCAGGUACCAAGCAGCGAAAGCACGCGCACUCAAAGCACGACAGGCACGAUUCUAAAUUUGAGCCUCCUCGCGGUCCAAAGCUGAGCAUCGCUAGCUUGACCGUUGCUGAUUACGGCUCGACGCAGAUGCCGGAUGCUGGCGAUCUUCUCGAGAAGAUCAGCUUGCUGGAAAUUGUCCCUGUACGCACAGAGAAGGAGCUGAAGAAAAUGAAGCCAGAUCAAUUUGAGAACAAGGAAAUGAGGAAGCUCUCAGCUCGAUAUCAGUUGAAGAACGGUCGUACUUUCUUCAUUUCCGGGACGGUCUUUGCCUUGCUGUGGCACGAGUCAGCCGGUGAGUCUAGACACGGCUCAGCAAGGUCUCGGCUGAAAGAGUCAGGCGAAAGGUCGAACGCCGACAUCAAGGACAGACUCCCGCCCGAUAUGACGAUCAGUGUUUAUGGAACCAGGAUUUUCUCUCACAUACGCAGAAUGGUCGUGAUUCGUAACCGUGAUGGCUACUGCUGGUGCAUUCCUAUCAAUUCCUAUGGCGGUCGAGGUCUGAGCAAGGACGACCUGACAGCUGAGCAACGCGAGGCGCACGCCAUCAUUCACGACAGCACGAAAAAGCCUACGCCAGUCGAUGGGGAAGCAGAGAUUUUCAAAGAGCCUAUUGCUGUUGAUACAGUACCUGGCGAGUCUCUGAUCGCGGCUAGUCGUCUGCAUUACGGCAAGCCCUACGUCGUCGAAUGGAAUGUCCCUGUGAUGCAUGUUGGGCAAGUCACUGAAGAAUGUAUGCCUACCUUGUUAGCUGAUGCAGCUUUAGAGCUUUUGGGCGGUGGCUCAGCACCAUGA